CAGUGCGCGUGCGGUACUUACACGAAAAUACGUUACGAAAGAGAGUCACACGCUUGAAUUUCUCACGUUUUAUUUUAAUACUUACAAAUCACGGCCAAGUGUAUAAAUAUGCAUGCAUAAGUACGUACAUGUUGACUCGCGGAAAAGUCAUUGCCGAUGCCAAUUGUUAUUUUUGUGGUUUUUAAAAAAAUUGUAGAAUGAAUAAGUGUAGCACGCUGUUAUCGCCUUACCUGGCGUCAGUCAUAUUCAUCAUUUUGUUGACAAACCAAGUAAAAGGAGAUUCUAUGCUGAAUUGGUUUUGGGGUAAAUCAAGAGAGGAAGCACCAGUUGCUGUUUCCAAUGGCGUGCCACUUGUAAAUAUUCCUUAUGAACAAUUGACAGAAGAUGAGAAAUUCUUAAAAGAGGCAGCCAAAUUUGUGACAGAUAUCCAGAUAUCUUCACCCCUUGAAGUGUGUCAGCACAAAGUUAUACUAAAAAUCAAAACAUCAUGCAGCAGCAUGACAGAGGAGCAGCUUGCAAAAUUGAGUGUUAAUUUGUUGAAUUGUCAGUCUGAAAAUGAGGGUAGAAAAACAUAUCCAUGCACGGAUGAGAUGACUAUUAAACAAUGCACUUCAAAUAUGGAUGCAGACACAUGGAACGCUUACCAUUUAAUGAGCAACAGAGCAAGGGCUGUUUGUUAUGCCGCGAGAAGUCAUCAAUUUCGUGCACUCACAGAACUGACGGUUAAUAAGUUAAUGCAAUCUGCUCACUCGCAAAUCGAAAAGUUGGCACAUUUAAAGGAGAGUCAAGAUAGACUUGAAGAACAAACAAUUACUGCCCAAAAAAUAGUUGAAACAAACAUUCAAGAAUUGACUGAGGAAAAAGCCUUAAUCAAAGCUGGGCAUAUACAACUGGCCAGUAUGACUGAAGAUAUUAAGAAAAAAUUAGAAAAUGCUAGUCAAGAACUCUUGGAGCAGGCCACAGAACAAAGUCUAAACCAUCAAGAGAUUCUCAAGGACUUGGAAAAAAUUCAAAUUCAGGCGCAAAAAUUAUGGGAAUCUGCAAACCGUAUUAUUGAACAAAAUCAUAACGCUGCCAAAAAAUACCAGGAAACCUUGAAGAAACUUGAAAAAAUAAAUGAAACUAUAUUGUACAUAUGGGAUCUCACUAACAAAAUGCGUUCUGAGAUUGAUGAAAAAUUGGGAUGGAUAACUGAAUAUAUUGGCAACACAGGAGAAAAUCUCGAAAAAGCUUAUCGCAGUAUUUUACACGUGGUAUAUUUAUUUGGAGCAAUGGUUUUUGCAUCAUUCCUUCAGGCACCAUUUAUAACAAGAUCAGCCAUAUUAGGAGUAGUUCCCUUGAAUCUUUUAUCCUAUUUGAAACAUGGACUUAGUGCAAGUCUUGACUUCAUUUCCCUAACAGUUUUAAUUAUUAUUAUUACAGCUAUGCAUUAUGUCAUGAAUGGAAUUCAUUAUAUGAUGCGAUCAAAGGAUCAAAAUAGUUAUGGACAAAAGAAGCAAAAGAAAAGAACUUAUUCAACCAAUGAAACUGUUCCUGAAGGAAAUGAGCAAUCUCACAAGUACACUAAGCACAGUAGCGGGCAAAAACAACACUUAUCAAUAUUUUCAAGAAUUAAUUACAAAAUUAUACAUUUUUGGAAUAGUUUUAUUCAUCAAAUUUAUCACAGUCUUAAAAACUUAUUAGCUGUUUUUGCAACUAUGAAACAUUGGGUUUGGUGGAACUUGAUUUCUUCCGAAGAGUUAUCUUGUUCGUAUUUACCAGCUCGGAAAUAUGAAAAUAUAACAAAUAAAGGAUAUGCAAGUAUAUCUGAAGAUAGCAGCGAUUAUUCUGAUUUGUUUGAUAACGGGAAGUUGAUCCACGACGAUAACAGCGUCACAGGAACUGUUCUCAGACAUGUCAAUACAGAAAAAAAAUCCAAUCCAUUGACGGCUGUUUUAAAAAGAAAUGUGGAACCUAGAAUUCGUGAAAGUAUUCACAGCCGCCAUUCUGAAAUUAGAGGAUGCAGCCCAGCAAGUGCCAUUACUCCAGUACCACGAGCUCCCUGUGCUGCCAGAACCAGAAGUGGCAAUCCCUGUCGACUGAUGCCUGUAAAAGGUCAAAACUUUUGUCAUAAACAUACUUCCGGUUCAUCGUACACGGAUGGUUAAUUUAUAUUAACAUUAUUUAACAUUUAUUUUUUGGCGACGCCUUAACUAAUAAUAGGUAAAUUAUAUUUAAUAAUAUUUAAUAUUCAUGUACAAGAUAUAUUUUUUAAAUUUAGCUUUUAAAGUCUCAUAUCUGAGUAAUUUUUAAAAAUGUGAUACUUUGGUCUAUCGAUGUUCAUAAAAUGAAUGCAAAUUGAUCCAUAUUAAAAAUUAAAAAUUAACGUGAAUAAGCAAGAAGACGUUUAUUCGAUAAUGUAAAUGUCGUGUUGUACACACAAUCAAUGAAUUAUUAUACUCAAGUGAUUUUUAUACUGAUUUUCAAGAUGAUUGAAUAA